AUGCUGGUGGUGCCAGGCGGCCGGUGGCUCACCGGGCCCUUCAACCUCGCCGACCACUUCACCCUCUUCCUCGACCACGACGCCGUCAUCCUCGCCACUCAGGAUAUCAACGAGUGGCCGAUCAUUGACCCUUUGCCCUCCUACGGUAGAGGAAGAGAUGCGGCUGGGGGUAGAUACAGUAAUCUCAUCAUGGGAUAUAACCUAACCGAUGUGGUCAUAACAGGGAAUAAUGGAACUAUCGAUGGACAAGGUGAAACCUGGUGGAAAAUGUUCCGUAACAAAGAACUCAAUUACACUCGUGGAUACCUCAUUGAAUUGAUGUACUGCAAACAAGUGCUGAUUUCCAACAUUACAUUGGUUAACUCUCCAUCGUGGAAUGUCCAUCCAGUGUACAGCAGCCACGUAAUCGUCUCAGGCAUCACAAUUCUUGCACCGGUCAACUCUCCCAACACUGAUGGGAUCGAUCCAGACUCAUCCUCCAAUGUCCGCAUUGAGGACUGCUACAUAGUCUCAGGCGAUGACUGCAUCGCCAUUAAAAGCGGUUGGGAUGAGUACGGGAUUGCAUUCAACAUGUCAAGCAAACACAUAGUGAUCAGACGGCUCACCUGCAUCUCCCCCACGAGCGCUGUCAUCGCCCUGGGAAGCGAGAUGUCGGGAGGAAUCCAAGAUGUCCGGGCCGAAGACAUCACGGCCAUCCACUCCGAAUCCGGCGUCAGGAUCAAGACGACCAUCGGAAGGGGAGCUUACGUGAAGGACAUAUUCGUGAGAAGAAUGAAUCUGCACACGAUGAAGUGGGUCUUCUGGAUGACGGGCACCUACGGGCAGCACCCGGACGACAAAUUUGAUCCGAAAGCCAUUCCGGUGGUGCAGAAUAUCAGUUACAGCAACGUGGUGGCCGAGAACGUGACCAUGGCCGCGAAGCUGGAGGGGAUUCCCGGCGCGCCCUUCACCGGAAUAUGCAUCUACAAUGUGACGGCGGAGGUGGUGAAGUCGAAGAAGCCGAUUUGGAACUGCACCGACGUGGAGGGCGUAUCGAGUCACGUGACGCCCACUCCCUGUGCGCAGAUUCCGGAAUAUCCAGAUCGUAUAACGCAUUGCCCCUUCCCUGAAGAUGAUCUACCUGUGAAUGGUGUUGGGCUAGAGGAGUGUGCUUAUCACAGAGCCAAGCCAUGA